UGCACUUGUCUUGUGAUUAACGAAAAGCAGCAAGAGUGUGAGGUGGUGGAGCUCCUCUCAUCUUUGUGCACGCUGUGUGAUGAGAGGGUCCCAACAACAGCAGAGAGAUCCACAACACUCAUGAUUUCUGUCUCCCCUCCACUUCAUUCUCUCACCUCAACUCAUUGCUCAACUUUGGAUUACUGCCUCUUUUCAUACUGAAGACACCUGUGGAGGAUUACAAGAAGAAUCUCAAAGGAGGAUUCACUUUGCAACUUCCUCACAUUCACUUGUCUUGGUUUUAGGAGUUUGUCCUCAGCUGGAAUAAUGCCUUCAUGGUGGAGUAGGACCUCCUGGUUGGCAGUGUUGUUUGGUGCUGCGCUGGUUGUUCUUACUGCUGCUAGUGCUGGACCGAACCAGGACCGGAGGCAGGACGGGCCGUCUUCAUGCUAUGGAAGCUUUGAUCUCUACUUUGUUUUGGACAAAUCUGGGAGCGUGCAGCAUCACUGGACAGAAAUCUACAACUUUGUUGAACAUCUAGCUCAUAAAUUCAUAAGUCCACAGUUGCGGAUGUCCUUCAUUGUGUUCUCCACUGAGGGACGGAUCCUGAUGCGCCUGACAGAAGACAGGGAUCUCAUUCGUAGAGGUCUGGAGGAGCUGUACAACGUUCGUCCAGGAGGAGACACCUUCAUGCAUGAAGGCAUCCUGAGGGCCAGUGAGCAGAUAUAUUAUGGAAACACUGAAGAUUAUCGCACUGCCAGUGUGAUCAUAGCUCUGACAGAUGGAGAGCUGCACGGGGAUCUUUUCUACUACGCUGAGAGAGAGGCGAACCGUUCUCGAAGCCUGGGUGCCUCGGUUUACUGCGUGGGGGUGAAGGACUUCAAUGAGACACAGCUGGCAAAUAUUGCUGACAGCAAGGAUCAUGUCUUCCCCGUAAAUGAUGGAUUUGAAGCCUUGCAAGGGGUGAUUGACUCGAUCCUGAAGAAGUCGUGUAUUGAGAUCCUGGCUGCAGAGCCCUCUAGUAUCUGUGCAGGAGAGUCUUUCCAAGUAGUGGUGAGAGGAAAUGGGUUUCUUCACGCCAGCAACGUCGAUAAGGUCCGGUGCAGCUUCCGCAUCAACGACACCCUUACUAAGAGUGAGUUAGAACCAUUUCUGAAAAAAUAUUCCUAUUUCAUGCACUUUCAAU